AAGCCGACAGGGGGACCGGGGCGAGCUGCGGAAGGGGAGGGGGUUAGAGGCGAUUGGCUGCGGCGACGGCGGCAGCUCCUCUCCCAGCCCGGAGCAGCGGCAGCGCGGAGCGGACCCGCCUGGGACUAGCGAGGAGAGGCGGACUGCGGCGGGUUUUAAAAUUGUGAAAUCAUGGCUCAUUCAAAGACGAGAGCCAACGAUGGAAAAAUCACAUAUCCUCCAGGAGUCAAAGAAAUCUCUGAUAAAAUAUCUAAAGAAGAGAUGGUGAGAAGGCUAAAGAUGGUUGUGAAAACUUUCAUGGAUAUGGACCAGGACUCUGAAGAAGAAAAGGAGCUCUACCUAAAUCUUGCUUUACACCUUGCUUCAGAUUUUUUCCUCAAACAUCCUGAUAAGGAUGUACGUUUGUUGGUAGCUUGUUGUCUUGCUGAUAUUUUCAGAAUUUAUGCCCCUGAAGCUCCGUACACUUCACCGGAUAAACUAAAGGAUAUAUUUAUGUUCAUAACAAGGCAACUUAAAGGUUUAGAAGAUACAAAAAGCCCCCAAUUUAAUCGAUAUUUUUAUUUGCUUGAGAACAUUGCUUGGGUCAAGUCUUAUAACAUAUGCUUUGAAUUAGAAGAUAGCAAUGAGAUUUUUACACAGUUGUACAGAACGCUGUUUUCAGUAAUAAACAACGGUCAUAACCAAAAAGUACACAUGCACAUGGUUGAUCUAAUGAGCUCUAUCAUUUGUGAGGGAGAUACUGUGUCACAGGAACUUUUGGAUACAGUGUUAGUUAAUCUAGUGCCGGCACAUAAGAAUUUAAACAAGCAAGCUUAUGAUUUGGCAAAGGCUUUACUAAAGAGGACAGCGCAAGCAAUUGAACCCUACAUUACUAAUUUCUUUAAUCAGGUCCUCAUGCUGGGUAAAACAUCAAUUAGUGACCUGUCAGAGCAUGUGUUUGACUUGAUUCUGGAGUUAUACAAUAUUGACAGUCACCUCUUGCUUUCUGUUCUACCACAGCUUGAAUUCAAACUUAAGAGCAAUGACAAUGAAGAACGCCUGCAGGUUGUAAAACUUCUAGCAAAAAUGUUUGGGGCAAAGGAUUCGGAGCUGGCAUCUCAAAACAAGCCACUUUGGCAGUGCUAUCUGGGGAGGUUUAAUGAUAUCCAUGUACCUAUUCGUCUUGAAUGUGUGAAAUUUGCGAGUCACUGCCUUAUGAACCAUCCUGACCUAGCAAAAGACUUAACAGAAUAUCUUAAAGUAAGGUCACAUGAUCCUGAAGAGGCCAUAAGGCAUGAUGUUAUAGUAUCCAUAGUUACUGCUGCUAAAAAAGAUCUUUUGCUUGUCAAUGAUCACCUGCUUAAUUUUGUCAGAGAACGAACACUGGACAAGCGGUGGAGAGUGAGGAAGGAAGCUAUGAUGGGACUUGCACAGAUAUACAAGAAGUAUUCAUUACAAUCAGAAGCAGGAAAAGAAGCUGCAAAACAGAUAUCAUGGAUCAAAGAUAAACUUCUGCAUAUAUAUUAUCAAAACAGUAUUGAUGACAGAUUACUUGUUGAACGCAUCUUUGCUCAGUACAUGGUCCCUCACAACUUGGAAACAAACGAACGAAUGAAAUGUUUGUAUUACCUUUAUGCAACACUGGAUUCAAAUGCUGUGAAAGCAUUGAAUGAAAUGUGGAAAUGUCAAAAUCUGCUACGACAUCAAGUAAAGGAUUUAGUUGACCUAAUAAAACAACCCAAAACAGAUGCCAGCAGUAAAGCUAUAUUCUCAAAAGUGAUGGUUAUUACAAGAAACCUUCCUGAUCCAGGGAAGGCUCAAGAUUUCAUGAAAAAGUUCACACAAGUUCUAGAAGAUGAUGAAAAAAUAAGAAGUCAGUUAGAAAUGCUUGUUAGCCCAACAUGUUCUUGCAAACAGGCUGAAGGAUGUGUGAGGGAAAUAACAAAGAAGUUGGGCAAUCCAAAACAACCAACAAAUCCUUUCCUGGAAAUGAUAAAGUUUCUUCUUGAGAGAAUUGCUCCUGUGCACAUUGAUACUGAAUCCAUCAGUGCCCUUAUCAAGCAAGUAAACAAGUCUAUAGAUGGAACAGCUGAUGAUGAAGAUGAGGGUGUACCUACUGACCAGGCAAUCAGAGCAGGUCUUGAAUUGCUUAAGGUACUUUCAUUUACGCACCCUAUCUCAUUUCAUUCAGCUGAAACUUUUGAAUCUCUCCUGGCUUGUUUGAAAAUGGAUGAUGAAAAAGUGGCAGAAGCUGCAUUACAAAUUUUCAAAAAUACAGGAAGUAAAAUUGAAGAAGACUUUCCUCAUAUACGAUCUGCUUUGCUUCCAGUGUUGCAUCAUAAAGCUAAAAAGGGACCCCCUCGUCAAGCCAAAUAUGCUAUUCACUGCAUCCAUGCCAUAUUUUCCAGCAAAGAAACACAGUUUGCACAGAUAUUUGAGCCACUGCAUAAAAGUCUGGAUCCAAGCAAUUUUGAGCAUCUCAUUACACCAUUGGUUACUAUUGGACAUAUAGCCAUGCUAGCACCUGAUCAGUUUGCUGCCCCUUUGAAAUCUUUGGUUGCCACUUUUAUUGUUAAAGAUUUGCUAAUGAAUGAUAGGCUUCCAGGGAAAAAGACAACAAAACUUUGGGUCCCAGAUGAAGAAGUGUCUCCUGAAACGCUUGUUAAAAUUCAGGCCAUCAAGAUGAUGGUUCGAUGGUUGCUAGGAAUGAAGAACAACCACAGCAAGUCUGGAACUUCAACUCUGAGGUUGCUAACAACAAUAUUACACAGUGAUGGAGAUUUAACAGAGCAAGGGAAAAUUAGUAAACCUGAUAUGUCUCGGUUGAGGCUGGCUGCGGGGAAUGCUAUUGUGAAGUUGGCACAAGAACCUUGUUACCAUGAAAUCAUCACUCUAGAACAGUACCAGCUGUGUGCGCUAGCCAUAAAUGAUGAAUGUUACCAAGUGAGACAAAUAUUUGCUCAGAAACUUCACAAAGGCCUUUCUAGACUACGGCUGCCACUAGAAUAUAUGGCUAUUUGUGCACUGUGUGCAAAAGAUCCCGUGAAAGAGAGAAGAGCUCAUGCUAGGCAGUGCCUUGUGAAGAACAUAAAUGUCAGAAGGGAAUAUCUGAAGCAACAUGCAGCAGUUAGUGAGAAACUGUUGUCACUUCUACCAGAGUAUGUUGUUCCUUAUACUAUCCAUCUUCUAGCUCAUGACCCAGAUUAUGUCAAAGUCCAGGACAUUGAACAACUCAAGGACAUUAAAGAGUGCCUGUGGUUCAUACUGGAAAUAUUGAUGGCUAAAAAUGAAAACAACAGUCAUGCGUUUAUCAGAAAAAUGGUAGAAAAUAUCAAACAGACUAAGGAUGCUCAAGGACCAGACGAUCCAAAAAUGAAUGAAAAACUAUACACAGUCUGUGAUGUAGCAAUGAAUAUCAUUAUGUCAAAGAGUACAACAUACAGUUUGGAAUCCCCUAAAGACCCUGUACUUCCAGCCAGAUAUUUUACUCAACCUGACAAGAAUUUCAGCAACACCAAAAAUUAUCUUCCUCCGGAAAUGAAGUCUUUUUUCACUCCUGGAAAGCCCAAAGCAGCCAAUGUUCUUGGAGCAGUUAAUAAGCCUCUUUCGUCAGCAGGCAAGCAGUCUCAAUCCAAAUCUUCUCGAAUGGAAACUGUAAGCAAUGCCAGCAGCAGUUCAAAUCCAAGCUCUCCAGGAAGGAUCAAAGGGAGGCUUGACAGUACUGAAAUGGACCACAGUGAAAAUGAAGAAUUCACACUGGCUUCGCCCUUACCAGGGAAGAAAACUGACAAAAGGGACGACUCUGAUCUUGUAAGGUCAGAGAUGGAGAAGCCUAGAGGAAGGAAGAAAGCAGCUGUCACAGAUUCAGAAGAGAAACUAAGCAUAGAUGACCUGAAUAAACUGGGUCAAGAGCAGAAACUUAGAGGUAGUCAACGGGGAAGGAAGAGACCUGCAGUUGUUUCAGAAUCUGAUGAAACACAAUGGCAAGAGGAAAAACGGCUAAAAGAAGAUGUAAUAGAAAGUGAGGAUGAACAGAACAGUCCACCAAAGAAAGGGAGAAGAGGACGCCCUCCCAAAGCAAAUAAUGGGGGACCACCAAAGGAAGAACCAGUAGCGAAGUCAUCAAAAAGGAGCAAAAAAAAACAACCACCAGCAGCUGCAGCAGAAGAGGAGGAGGAGGAAGAAGAAAGGCAAACUGAAAACAUUGAACAAAAACCAAAAGGCAGGCAAAAUAGAACACCGAAAAGAACACAGCAGAGAGCAGAACCAUCUGAAACUAGUACAGUUGAAUCAGCACAGUCUACGCCACAGAAAAGACGAGGAAGGCCAUCAAAAACACCACCAUCACAGCAAAAAAAAGUCCGUGCGGGACGUUCCAAACAAGCAGCCAGUAAAGAGAAUGAAUCUAGUGAAGAGAUGGAUGUAUUUCAGAGUAGUUCACCUGUCAGUGAUGACAUUCCCCAGGAAGAAGUAAUGGAAGAGGAGGAAGUUUCCACAAUCAAUGUCCGUCGCAGAACUUCCAAAAGGGAAAGGCGAUGAGUGAGCAUGUAGUUAUCAGCCUUCCAGGUGAAAGCUUUGAAGAAUGCUUUUAAUAUAAAGCUUGAGACUGAAUGAAGCUGUUAGUGCACAAAUGGGGUUGCUGAAAAAGAGACAAAACCUAUUUUACUUUUACUGCCCCUGCAUUUGCAGUCCCUAGGGUCACAAGCUUUAGCCACACACAUGUUGAUAUCAUUAACUGUGGAUUUUUGUGAAGUGUAAUGUGCGCUGGCUUUGUAGACAUACGAACUAAAGAAGAAAACUGUAAAUAGUUCUUUUUUUAAUGUUUCUGACUUCUAAAGUGCUUGUAUAGCUUUUAUCUGCGGCUUUAAACUGACAGUACCCCACUGUUUAUUGGAUCUAUUGAUUUAAAAAAGAACAGAAUUUGUUGAAAAUUGAUCUCAAGCAAUAUCUGUCAGUGUUCGUAUUUGUACUCUUGUUGACAUUUAACUGUGAAAAAAAAUAAUCAGUUAAACAAAUAGUGCCACUUUUUUUGCCACUAUUUGUUGAGAAGAAGAAGAAAAAAAAAAAAAGGUCUUUGUUUCCUUCAUGAAUCUAACCUAGUGUUUACCUUUAGGCACCUACCUAUCAUCAGAGGUGCUAAAUUACUUUCUUUUGCAGUUGAACAAUGUUGGAUAGAAUAAUACAAGAGAUGCAAAUUGUGAAAGAAGUUGUUUGACUUGUUUUACACCUCAGUAUUGAUGCCAGACUUUUCUGGACUUCUAGUGGCAUUGAAAAUUCAAAAAGGAUUUAAAAUAUUUUAAUUUUAAAAGUGUGUUAUUAAAUAAUGUACUGAAUACCCUACCCAUUUUAUCUUCCCCUAUCAGUUUUUAUUAAUCUACUGUAUCAAUAAAAUUCUGUAACUGAGUUUUUAAUAGUCUAGUAUGUUAAUGUGUAUAGAUAUUUCCUUCUGAACAUGAUGUUCACAAAGAGCAAAUUAUUACUACAUUAUAAUAUGAAAUCUGAUAUAUAAACAUCAGUGAAAAUACAGUUCUUAUUACAAUGUAAAGUUAAUCACAAAGAAAAAUUUUAUUGAUGCAGUGUGUCUUUAUAAAGCUGUUCUUGAGAGCCAAGUGUUUUGUAUUUUAUAGUGAAGUUGCAUGUUUAUGAAAAAUGUGCUGAAAAUGGGAUGUAAUGUUUUUUUGGAAACUCGUAUCUAGCAGUAGUAUAUGGUAGGUUGCCUCAUGAGAGAACCUUUUAUUGAGAGUUUAUUGUACCUUUUUGGUUUUUUUGUUUUUGAGCCAAAUUUUUUUGGUAUGAAGAGCUAAGUUUCUGUUGAAUAACCAGCUGUUGAUUAUUGCAGUCAAGGUAUUCAAGAUUUGAAUGAAGCUCCAUUUUUAUUUUGUGCUACCAUAGAGAGGUUGGGGUUGGGGGGGGGGGGGUGUUAGGUAUAAUCUGCGAAAGGAAGAAAAAAAAAAAAAAAAGAAACAAAAUACUUAAAGCAGUAUCCUGUAUGCAGUUUUACAGUUUACAAACUGUGUCUUUGAACCAAAAUGUAUAGGUUACUACACUAUGCUUAGCCAAGCACAUAUUGUAAUUUCAGGUGCUGUUCUCCCUCUGUUUCCCUACAGUUGACAACAUGUGAAAAAAAUUGAUUUCUAACUUUAAAAAAUUUUAUCUCAUUGAAUAAUGGAGCAUUUUCAUAUAAUCCAUCAAUAAGUUAUAGUUGCAAGGUGGCCUGUAAAGAUUAGAGGAAAGGAUAAUACUAAAACACGGAUUUAUGAUUUCCAAACUAUAAGACCUUUAGUAAAGAAACCUUUAGAUUUUUUUUUCAUUAUGCCUUCUUUUUUGUUACCAAUGGAGAAAAGUAUUAUAAACAACUGGAUUAUUCUGCCUCAGCUUGACUUCCCCCCCCUCCAGUAUUCAGCUUUUCAACAUUUAUACCUAUCAAUAUGGGGGAAAUGCUGCCUAAAAAGGCAAUUACGGUUGAUUUAAAUUGCCUUUUAAAUAGUUGGCACAACGGAACUGGCUUACUUAUGCUUCAGCAGUGCAAAUGCAAGUUGUUGGCGGUUUUUUUAAUGGUAUAAAAUGAUUGAAAGCUAGCUUUAUAUUUUCCUCUUUGACAGAAUUGCACUGAAAACAUUUAUGGAAGAUGUACCGUUAAGUCCAUUUUAUACAAAAAUAUGAAAAAUUGAUGCUGAAACUGCUGCAGACUCUUGGGGCUUUAUGUGCAUAAACAUGGUUAGGUUACACUUCAUCGAAUAUUGAUGCACAUUACUGAUCAUAAUGUUUAAUGUAAAUUUAAACUAUAGUUUUGCAAUUUAAAUGUUGAUUUCUUGGGUUAUAAUGUGUAAUUCAUUAUUUCUUGAGAAAUAGGCACAGCAAAUACUUCAUUCUUAUAUUCAAACCUCUUCUAAGUUCAUUCUCAUCUCAUAUAAAGAAAAUGAAUAUUUUAUGUACUAACAUUUUGAGAUCUGCGUACAGUAGCAACAGUAGAGUAUAAUUAUGUAUAAAAGAUAAAUUGCUAACAUUCAGUUAGCAUGCUCUUCUGCAAUGAUAAUGUUAAGUUUAUAAAAAUGUACUGUAUUACAUUAAAAGAUCAAAUUGAACUCACUGUAACAAGUUCCAGUAUGAAAUUUUUGCGAGAUUACCGAAGUAUCUUGCUGUACUUCGCAGCAAAUUAAGCUUGCGUUAUGUUUCCUUUUCUUGCUGCAGUGCAACAGGAAACUUUCAGUGAUCUGUAGUUCAUAUGCAAAGUGCAAACAGUGAUUGUAAUCUUGAUACUGCUGUUUAAGAAUAAUUCACUCUGCUUCCAGAAGCAUGGGAUUUUUUACUUGUCAUCAACGGAGAUAAUUCAUAUUUAGGGCUAGCUAAUGCACUAAUAGGAAGGAAACAUGGAAUUGCUUGAAAGUUCUAGUGUGAGUACACCUAUUCCACCUAGGAUAAUCUAGAAUUCUGUAUUAACUCUACUUGACUCUGCCAAUUGACUUUAUUUUCUAGUAAAAUUGAACCUUUUUUCAAAUACUUUGACAUUUGCUGUUUUGACAUUUCGAUCUAUGUGAACAAAACCAUUAGAAUUUACAAAAAAGCAUUCAUAUUAAAGACAUUUCCACUGAAAAUGAA